UCUUUCUCUACCAUUCUCUCAGUCUUUCUGCUAUAUAUUUUACAAGAAGAAAGAGUCAAUGGUCUUUUAAUUUACCCACAAUCUUAGGCUAUAACUCUGUUCCAUCAAACUCUCUCUUGCUGACUUUCAGGUGCUCUCUCUCUCUCAUACAUUUCGGAUCAUCACAUGACUUUUUCUCAACUUCCAGAAGUACCCAUUUCUCUUCUUCAGCUCAUAGCAAACUCUUUGGGUCUCUUUGUCAUUGUUGAUGUUUUGAUGUCUUUGGCUGUGUCAAGUUCGAGUGGUACAAGUAACAUGGGGCUUGAUGACAACAAAAAUGAAGAGGAGAAGAGUGAAACAAGCCAUGAGCAUCUUGAGGAAGGUGAUUCAGCAGCAGGAGAGAAAUAUGCGAGGCAAAUGAGUGAGACUGACUUGUCUGUUAAUGAAGAGGAUGAAGAUGAGGAAGGAAGCCACAAGAUUGAACUUGGUCCUCAAUGCACCCUCAAAGAACAUCUUGAAAAGGAUAAGGAUGAUGAGAGCCUGAGGAAAUGGAAGGAACAGCUUCUUGGUUCUGUGGAUUUUGAAAGUAUUGGAGAAACUCUGGAACCAGAAGUGAAAAUUCUUAGUCUGUCAAUCAUCUCACCAGGCAGAUCCGACAUUGUCCUGUCUGUCCCUGAGGAUGGAAAACCAAAAGGCUCAUGGUUUACACUGAAAGAAGGCAGUCAUUACAAUUUGAUGUUCUCCUUCCAAGUUAGCAACAACAUUGUAUCUGGCCUCAAGUACACCAACACUGUCUGGAAAACUGGUGUCAAGGUGGACAGCGCAAAAGAGAUGCUUGGGACCUUCAGUCCCCAGCCAGAGCCUUACACACAUGUGAUGCCUGAGGAGACCACUCCAUCAGGCAUGUUUGCUAGAGGUUCAUAUUCAGCAAAAUCAAAGUUCCUUGAUGAUGAUAAUAAGUGUUACUUGGAGAUCAACUACACAUUCGACAUCCGAAAAGAAUGGGCUGCUACUUGAAGAAUGUUGCAAGAAAAGCACAUGCAUAUCUCCCUUAUUCGGUUAAUAUCUGCCUUUUGUUAGUUUCAAAUUUUCUUUUUUCUUUUGUUUUGCCCCUUUAGACCGUGUUACAUUAUUACUUCCACAUUUUUAUUAACCACUAUAAUGGAGACAAAGAAAAUUCAAUUGGUGAUGCUUUUAAUAAAUGGAGAGGUUAGCCUGUCUACCUUUUUCUCU